GGGCGGGGCUGCUCUAUGAGCGCGUUUCGAGCCGGCCCGGCUUCCGUAGCUGGACGCGGGCGGUGGCGGCGCCACGUCCCGGAAGGUGUCCGGGAAGAAGUCGGUCGGGCCUGGGGACAGUUUGAAGUAACUAUGGCCUUCACGCUGUACUCCCUGAUGCAGGCGGCCCUGCUGUGCGUGAACGCCAUCGCUGUGCUGCACGAGGAGCGCUUCCUCAAGAACAUUGGCUGGGGAGCAGACCAGGGGAUUGGUGGAUUCGGAGAGGAGCCGGGAAUUAAAUCUCAACUAAUGAACCUUAUUCGCUCUGUAAGAACCGUGAUGAGAGUGCCAUUGAUAAUAGUAAAUUCAAUUACUAUUGUAUUGCUUUUAUUAUUUGGCUGAACAUCGUUGGAAAAUCAGAGACUCAGAAGAAGAGAAGCCCCAGAAGUUACAAUUUCUGUUGUGAUUGGAAUAGUCAUGUUUCAGCAGGCUCGUCUUGCAGUUCACCAAAAAAAAAAAAAAAAAAAAAGUUGACAAUAAAACCAGAGUUUCUGUCUAUCUGAUUUGUUUUUUUAAAUUGUUGUUGCACUUGUAGAUGAGAUGAUCAAAAGCAGGAGCACUCCCAGAUUGGAGUAUACUUGUUUUAGCUAAAGUAGGUAAAGGCUAGGAAAGGGCACAGGAUUGCUCCCCCCAUGUCAUCCCAUACGGCUGCUGCCUCCAUGUCAUCCCAUACGGCUGCUGCCUCCAUGUCAUCCCAUAUGGCUGCUACUUCCAUGUCAUCCCGUACGGUGCUCUCUUACAACUCAGGGAUGGAUUUAGAUAUGACCUGAGUGGAGUUAACUUCCUAUAGCAACUUAAGUAACAAUUACAUCUAAUUGACAAAUUGGUAUUUGGGUGAUUUAUUUUGAACUCUUUGGUUAACUCAUUUUUGCUAUAAAGAAAUUUAUAUGUAACUGUAUGGGGCAAUACCCUGCUUUCUGAGAGAAUUCUAAUUCUGGAAACCAGUUGUUUGGGAACUGUGGUUUUAAGUUCUUUUCAUGCCAUUGUUUAUUAGUUGAUCUGAACAAUGAGACCAGACUACAUACAUAUUUUCCUUGGUAGGAAGUCUUGCCUGUUUUACAAGGAUUUGUUUUAUAAAAUCAGUGUAACUGUUAGUUGGCAAAAUCAGCCAACAAACCUGUAUCAAAAUGCCUGAUCCAGUCACAAACUAACCUGUAUCAAAAUGCCUGAUCCAGUCACAAACUAACCUGUAUCAAAAUGCCUGAUCCAGUCACAAACUAACCUGUAUCAAAAUGCGUGAUACAGUCACAAACUAACCUGUAUCAAAAUGCCUGAUCCAGUCACAAACUAACCUGUAUCAAAAUGCCUGAUCCAGUCACAAACUAACUGCUCACGUGACUGUUUAUUGAGACGCAGUUGCCUCUCCCAGGUCAUAUUUCCAUUUCUUGGUAGAGUGGCAUGCUAUAGGUAUGAUCUUAGUUUUUCAUGCUGUCUGUCAGUAGAUCAUUAAUGCUAGGGAGCCUCUGUUUGCUUGUCUGUCUUUUGUUAAUGUCGUAGGCCAACUCUGUGGUAGUCAGUGCUCAUCUCAUAAUACUGUUAUUCAGUUUUAGGUAGGAAGAUUUAAACUGUGCAAAUAUUGUAUGAAAUGUUUCAGUUACAAUAAUUUAAAGGGGUGAGAUGGCAUCUUUCUGUACAGAAAACUUUUAUAAAUAAAGUUGACUUUUCACCUUAA